CCAAGGAGGGAAAGGUGUGAUCAUGCAAGCCCGUCUUGCCUGUCAAAAGGAAAGGGUGGUCUAGUAUCGACAUGGAUUGUACCUUUCAUAAAAGAGGCUGGUGGUGUUUCCAAAACAAACAACCGAGCCACAUCAUCACGUCACAAAACAACCAUUGUCUCGCUAGCUUGCUUUUUCCCCUGUCUGCUUUUCUCGGUUAUGUCGUGCGCUCGCGAGACAAUAAGAAGGGGAAAGAAAAUUGCCAUGUUGAGAAAGACCAUGUCUCUCAGAAUGGACCAGUGGCGUAGGAUUUAUUUUUCUUUUCCCUCCAGCUCCAGCUUACUGACGGACGGUAUAAGCGACAGGAAUCUGCAGGUUGGAACAAAAAAGGGAAACGAAUUUCCAAGCCGCAGUCACACUGUAACAUGGAAAAGGAGCCGCUGCAUUUCAAAUCUCCGCACCGUCAAAGAAGCACUGUACCAAGUCCGGGCGUCAGCCCGGCAAGUUAAGAUUUGGGUAGCUACCAUGGUCUGUCCUUUUUUUCUCCCCGUUUUUCCUGGGUCCAAAUACAGUACUGUAGUAUUAAUAUUUUUUUUUUGUUGA